GCUUUCUGAACAGCUUCCGGUUUGUAACUCUUUCCACACUAGUGGAAACACUAGAAAUGGUGUCGCCUGACCACCAGCCCAACACAGCCGUCACUUUCACCUGAACUACAAACCGAAGUUGCAAUGCUGUUGAUGGGUGUUCACCCGGAUCACUUCUGCUGACCAGUCCAAUGGGGGUGGUUACUACUAUGGACUCGGAUUCCGCCCGGCAACCACAGGGCAAACUGGGUGGCCAUGCUCUAAUAGGGGCCAAUCUGGGCGCUCGAGGAAAGCACUACGUGUGCGGCUCAUUGGCCGCGUUCACUAACAUCAUCGUCACCUUCCCUAUUCAGAAAGUCUUGUUCCGGCAGCAGCUUCAUGGGGUGCGAGCGACUGAAGCCGUGGGUCAGUUGCAAAGGGAAGGGUUGAGGCAUCUGUACCGAGGGCUUCUUCCUCCCCUGCUGCAGAAAACCACCACCGUGGCCAUCAUGUUCGGCCUUUAUGAGGAUUUUUCCCGGUUGCUCUUGCGACAUGCGCGUAGCAGCGGUGCACCUGAGCUUGUUACGCGUAGCGCUGCCGCGGCGCUAGCCGGCACAGCUGAAGCCGCGCUUACGCCAUUUGAGCGAGUGCAAACGCUUCUUCAGGACCACCGGCACAACGGGCGUUUCAAUAACACCGCUCAUACCUUUCGGACUCUCCUGCGGGAUUACGGAGUGAGGGAGUGCUACCGUGGGCUGGUCCCGGUUUUGUUGAGGAAUGGGCCCAGUAAUGUUUUGUUUUUCGGGCUGAGGGGGCCUAUUAAGCAGUGGCUGCCUGAUGCCCGAAGCCGAAUGGGUAACAUGGCUAAUGACUUUGUGUGUGGUGGGCUGCUGGGGGCGGCGCUCGGCAUCAUGUUCUACCCGCUGAAUGUGGUCAAAUCUCGAGCUCAGGCUCAAGUCGGAGGCAAGUUUGUGCCCUGCCACACGAUCCUGAUGACGGUGUGGCGGGAACGAGGCGGCAGCAUCGUGCUGCUCUUCCGCGGCGCAACACUCAACUAUCACAGAUCUCUGCUGUCAUGGGGCAUCAUCAAUGCAACUUAUGAGCUUCUCCUGAAGGUUUUCUGAAGAUAAUGGGCAACGGAGGGCACUUUUUCUAAAUCAAGCCAAAUUUGAGAGUGUUUUCCCUCUUUAAAAGAGGUCCGGACACUGCCGUCUGCUCUAGUGCACUUAAAUGGAGAUUCACCUACACUAUAAUAAAAUACUUGUUCAUUAACA